GAGUUUAGCUGCGAGCGCGGGCGGCGUACGACGUUACGGAGGCAUUCUAUGAGAUGUUUAUCAAUAAUUAUUACGAGACGGAUUUUAUGAAAUUGUGUUCGUCCGAUAAUGUGUCCGAGUGUCGAGAACUUUUAGUUUGUGGAAACAACGGACUAUUGCAUAGUGGUUCUGAUUUUUAUUAUUGCAGGUGGUUUUCACUGAGUGCACCUUCGCCUGAACCCACGGAACCACACCCGCGGUGAUACCAGAACCGCCGGACCGCCUCCAACUGCCUGCCUCCUCUAACCGUCAACCGCCUGAGCCCAGUCCCUAGUCUACUUCGUCCCUUGUGAUCCUAAUUUUAAUUCCAACCCCGUGAUAUUAUGUAUAAUUUGAACGUAGACCUGGCACAAUCGGCCGCCAACGCGGUCAACGCGCUGCUGGUGGAGGGGGCGGCCACCACCCCGCGCACCCCUGAGAUCCUCAACUCGUUGAUCGCCAUGACCAACCCCAUGGACGGGUACGGGUUCCAGGGGGGCAAGCGGAAGGCCGACGGCGCUGCGCUCAACAUGAGCAGCGAUUCCAACAGUUCGAGUAGCAGCCACUUGGGCUCGCCGACCACCACCCCGCCCAGCGUACAGCACACGUGCUCCCAGCUCAUCAAGGCCGGGCUCAAACUGACGAUCGAACAGAAACGAAAACAGCACAGCGACUGCGAGGACCUCCUGGACCUCGACAAGGUCAGCAAGAAGAUCAAGAAGAACGAGUGCAGCGAGGACGAGGAGGACGACAGGAUCAAGCAGGAACAUGGCAUUUAUCCCAUGUUCCAGUUGACCCCCGAAGACGAAGAACGACGCAGGCGCAGACGAGAACGAAACAAAAUAGCAGCGACGAAAUGCCGGCUGAAAAAGCGCGAACGAACGGCCAACCUGAUCCAAGAGUCGGAAGUGCUCGAGUCCCAAAACGUCGACCUGAAAGGCCAGCUCCAAGAGCUGCAGAGCCAAAAGCAGACCCUCAUGGAGCUGCUGUCCAUGCACAGGCCGCACUGCCAGCACAACAUAGGCCCCGCGACACGUGACCACCUGGGCAGGCUGCCUCCCGUGUCCGUCAUCGAGAGUCAUCCCUACUCGCGGCCGGCCUCCGUGAACCCCUACCGUAGUGGUCACAUGGACACUGUGGCCCGCCCGGCCAGUGUGGGGGCAGCCAACCACCUGCCCUGCAAUAGGCCAGCCUUCAGCAAGCUGCCUAGUAUUAUUGUGGAAGAAGUGAACGAGAACUUUGAGGUCAGCCAGUUCACGAACCUGGACGCUUCCUAUUCCUACGGCUCGCCCUGCCAUAACUAUUCGGGAAGUCAGGGUUAUGGCAGCGCGGGAAUGGAUAACGGCUGUAUGGCGUGAUGUGCCUUCAAACAUUUUCUUGUAUUCGCAACGGUUGCGGAACUAAGCGCAGUUCCUUUUUAUAUUUUUAUUAUUUGAUUCAUAUUUAUUUUAUUCCAAGUAUGUUCAUCACAUUGCAGAAGGCAUAAUAAUUGAUUCAGGAAAUGAAACAUACGGGGUUGAUUGAUGAUGAAGAAAAUAAUAUUCCAUUUCGCCCUGUAGUUUAGAACCUAAAUAUUGUUUGAUCUUUUCUCGGAUUUUUUAUGGGAGAGAUCCCAACUAUUUUGGCAAAAUCAAUCAAUUCCCAAAAAUUAUUAAUUGUGUCUUCAUUUGGAUAUCAUUGAAUCUACAAUCAGUAUUUUUUUCUUUCAAAUAACUGCAUAUUUAUUAUGCCUAUAUUUCAACCACACUUUUGCUUAUUGGAACAUUAUGUAUAUAAGUACGUAGGUACUACAUAGUUUUUAGUUAUUGUUAGACUCAUUUCAAUAGCUAUGGUGGAAAAACUUCUAUCAGAAGAUAGUAUUAAUAGACUUAGCACCAAGUGUAAAACUGAUUGACAGUCCGUUAAAAUUGGUUGAUAAGUACCUAGGGUUUUUUUUUGAAGCACACGAAAGGAAAUUCCUAUAAUGUAUAUGUAACUAUAGCAUGUACAAAAAAAUUGGAACUUGCAUUCUCGAUCUCUUUUCUUAGGCCAAAUCCACUGGCAGACACAAAAAAAGUGUUCGUGCAAUUCUACGCGAAGAAAGUACUUCUCUACACAUCACGUCACUUCCGAAUUUGAUAUUUCUCAUCUACAACAAUAGCAAGGCUAUUCAGUGUAGGAAGGUUUGAAAGCAAUAAUAUAUUCAUUUGUAAUUAUCUAAUUCAAAAAUUUUGACGUUCACACGCAAAAUAGUUUGUAUACCAUGGCCGCUAAGCUUUUUGGCGACCUCAAGAGCAUCUUGCCUCGGCCGGAAUCGGCCUCGGCGAAAACCUUUCUUUCAGCACGCCUAAAAGGUAUUUCGCGGCCUACGUAUACAAAUAGUUAUUUCGAAUUAGGUUCGGUUUCUCCGACAUUUGAAUUUCAUGUCAGCCAGUUGAGUAUGCCCCCUCUCCCUUCCCAAUUGCAAAAAUGCAGCUGUAGGCCAUAACUCAAAAUUGCAUCUUUUUUAUUUUUGAAUGUUCUCAACGCCACUGCAUUUUACCUGUGCCUCAAGAAAGUAAGCGUUAUUUUCUCGACAAAUAAACCACGUUAUUCAUGUGUUGAAAAGUCAAAAAUCGUAAGAGAAAUAGGGUCGGUUAAAUCAUGGCAGAGUUGAGCAAUUUUAUAUCUAACAAAAUACCGUUUUGAAAAUUGUGAAAUUCCGAAUACUAUCGGAGAUAUCCG